AUGUCUCGAACAGCUGAAAAAAGUAAGAUGAUUAACAGUUGUUGGAGCUUCAACCGCAAAAGGAAAAGUCGUCCAUGCAGACAAAGCAAAUCAAAUAGUUAUGGAGUAGUUUCUUUAGCUUCAUAUUCAUGGGAAGCAAAUGCGAGCUGCACUUCCAAUUUGCCACCACGCCCAAUAGGAGAUGAUGGGAAUUACUAUGAGUGCGUGAUCUGCAAUUAUGGUGGUGAUUUGCUUUGCUGUGACUUCUGUCCAUGCACUUAUCAUCUACAGUGCCUUAACCCACCUCUUGAAUGUAUUCCCCCUGGAAGCUGGCAAUGCCCAAACUGCUGUAAAGAGGCUGAUCCUGCUACUCAAUCGCUAUGUAUCAAAAGUUCCAUAGAAAAUGUCUCAUCUAACAAAGCAGAGCUGGCACACUCUCAUAAUUUCUUAUCUUCAGGCAUAAAGAAGAAACUAGACUUGUCAUCGGAUCUACCUGCACAUGUAGCGUCAGGAUCUCUUACCCAUGAGAAUCUUCCUGCUGGUUCAUUGCAAUCAUUAUAUGACUUGGCUGAGGCUGGAGAUCUACUGGAAAGAACAUCCAAGAAAUAUGUCCCUACUAAAGAACAGCUGAAUGCUCUCAGCCAUGCUGGUGAUGAAAAAGGAACAGAAACUAAUUCUAGAGCAAAUGAAAUAAUAGUGGAUAUCAAUCCGAGUAAAUCAACAUGGUUUUGUGGUUCUUCUGCAAUGGUGAAUGGAGAUCACACAGACAAACCUAUCAUCAAUACUUCAAGGUUGCUUGAUUGCUCAAACAUUCAAAUUCUGUCAGGUGAACAGGCUGAUGGGGUUUCCGAGAAUGAAGAUCUUAAUGCAGUAAGGAAUAUUGGAGAGAGGGAAUUACAGCAGGGAUGGCGGCCUCAAUAUCCAGAAGGUCGGAAAACUCUGAAAGCAAAGCAUGCCAAGCUUCGUGCAAGACAGAAACAAAAGCUUGCUCUAAGGAACAAAUGUACCAUUCUCAGUCCAGUAACUGUUGAACAAGUGCCAGAUGGUUGGUCGGAUGAGGAGCUUGAUUCCCUUUGGGUUGGAGUCCGAAGACAUGGACAGGGAAACUGGGAAGCAAUGCUGAGCGACCCCUCCCUUUUUUUCAAGGGUAAAACCGUAGAACAUUUAACACAAAGGUGGAUGAAAGAGGAGAGGCAUAAAAUCUUCAACCUUGAAGAAAAUGGAAAUCUACAAAUCGAUAGGCCUCAGGCAGCUGGAACCACCUCACUGUCAUCUGAGGAUCGACUCUCUUCAGGUCAGACAAAGAUCGUUGAACCAAAGCUUCUUCUGGGUGGACUAAUUCAGAUUCCAUCGGCGAGACUGGAUUCCACUGCAAACAGAGACUCGAAUCAAAUUCAGCCAAAGGAUACAACCACAAACAAACAGCCUAUGUGA